AUGUCUCUUUCUCAUAAAUUGACUUUGGACAAACUGGAGGUUAAAGGGAAGAGAGUCAUCAUAAGAGUAGACUUCAACGUUCCCAUGAAGCAAAACCAGAUUACAAACAACCAGAGAAUCAAGGCUUCCAUCCCAAGCAUAAAGUACUGCCUAGAUAAUGGAGCCAAGUCGGUAGUUCUAAUGAGUCAUCUAGGCCGACCUGAUGGCGUGCCCAUGCCUGACAAAUACUCUCUAGAGCCUGUUGCUGCUGAGCUAAAAUCCUUACUAGGCAAAAAUGUUCUCUUUCUGAAGGACUGUGUUGGCUCGGAAGUGGAGAAAGCCUGUGCCAACCCAGCUGUUGGUUCAGUCAUCCUGCUGGAGAAUCUGCGCUUUCAUGUGGAGGAAGAAGGAAAGGGCCAAGAUGCUUCUGGAAAAAAGAUUAAGGCUGAGCCAGAUAAAGUAGAAGCUUUCCGGGCAUCGCUCUCUAAACUGGGAGAUGUGUAUGUCAAUGACGCUUUUGGCACUGCACAUAGGGCCCACAGUUCCAUGGUGGGAGUAAAUCUACCCAAGAAAGCAUCUGGAUUCCUGAUGAAGAAGGAGCUGGAUUACUUUUCUAAGGCUUUGGAAAAUCCAGAAAGACCUUUUCUAGCCAUCCUUGGUGGAGCCAAAGUGGCAGACAAGAUCCAACUCAUCAAAAAUAUGCUAGACAAGGUCAAUGAGAUGAUCAUUGGUGGUGGAAUGGCUUACACCUUCCUAAAGAUACUCAGCAACAUGGAGAUUGGUGCUUCCCUGUUUGAUGAAGAGGGUGCCAAGAUAGUCACAGACAUUAUGUCCAAAGCCAAGAAUAAUGGCGUGAAAAUUACCUUUCCUGUUGAUUUUGUCACUGCUGACAAGUUUGAUGAGAAUGCCAAAGUUGGCCAGGCCACUGUAAAAUCUGGCAUACCUGCUGGCUGGAUGGGUUUGGACUGUGGUCCUGAGAGCAAUAAGGCAUAUGCUGAAGCUGUGUCCAAGGCCAAGUUAAUUGUGUGGAAUGGACCCGUAGGGGUAUUUGAAUGGGAUGCAUUUUCUCAGGGAACCAAAGCCCUCAUGGAUGAAAUUGUGAAAGCCACUUCUAAGGGCUGUAUAACCAUAAUAGGUGGGGGAGACACUGCCACUUGCUGCGCCAAAUGGAACACCGAAGAUAAAGUCAGUCAUGUGAGCACUGGGGGAGGUGCCAGUCUGGAGCUUUUGGAAGGUAAAGUUCUUCCUGGUGUGGAUGCCCUUAGCAACCUGUAG